AGCUAUAGACAGGGGUCCCUAUAUUCUUAUUAAUCUUCUACUAAUCGAAAGAAAAUGAAAUGAAAUAAAAUGACACAUCCAAUGUGCAUAUAGUUUCCACUGAGGCAGUACAAUACAAUAAUUAAAAAGGACAGCAUAGCCCAAACCCAGUGGUACAUGAUCUUCUCGGUUUUACUACUAAUUAAUUCCUGCAAAAACUCACAUGCACAUAUGACAUAUCCCUAUCAGCAUCAGGAUUCAGGUACGUGGGUAAGUGUUUUGAAAUAAUAACGAUAAUAGAAACAAGAAGGGUGUGUUGUGGUGUUUCUAAUUAUGUGAUGUUUUUUUAACCCAUAGUCGUUAUUGACAUGGGUGCAACCAGCUGUAAAUCAUUCCCUUUCCAACAUAGUUGCUUGUCCAAUUGCAAAGAAAAGAUAUGGAAAGGGGGCAUUCUGAUAGCAUUUCAGAGUUAUGUUCAGCCAUCCAUCCAUCUAUCUCUGGCAGCAGCAAAGUUCAAAAUAAAAUUUCCACAUUAGUGUAAAGGGAGAAAAAGAAUCCUUUCAAAAGUGCUGUAGUGUAGCUUAAACACUCAACACAAUACAUUAGGCCCCAUCUCUGAUUUCUGCUUUCUUCCCAACCCAAAAUUCCAAAACCCUUUUUGUUUCUUUCUCUCUCUCUCCUCUGUACUUAAAUCCCCUUCCUUGGCCCACGCACUACUCUUUUCACAUCACAUUACCUUGCAUUACAUUACAUUUCAAACCUCUUCGCUUCCUUUCUAUUCUCUUCUUCCCUUUCACAACCCCUCACUCUCUCUAUAUAUACACCCAACAUCACUACCAUCAAAUUACAACCCGCCCUCAUCUGUUACAAAGAGGGGAAAACAAAAAAAUGAGAGAAUAUUGGACCUCUCUCGCCUCACUUCUCGGUGUGUUUGCCUUCUGUCAAACCAUCCUCCAAGCAGUCUUCCCCCCGGAACUCCGUUUUGCUUCCGUCAAACUCUUCAAUCGGAUCUUCCACUGCUUCUCCUCCUACUGCUACUUUGACAUAACCGAGAUCGACGGCGUCAACACCAACGAGCUCUACAACGCCGUGCAGCUCUAUCUCAGCUCCUCCGUCUCCAUCACCGGAAACCGCCUGAGUCUGACACGCGCCGUCAACUCCAGCGGCUUCACCUUCGGCCUUGCCAACAAUGACAGCAUCGUGGACACCUUCAACGGCGUCAACGUCCUCUGGGAACACGUGGUCACACAGAGGCAGGCCCAGACCUUCUCCUGGCGUCCUCUCCCCGACGAGAAGCGUGGCUUCACGCUCCGGAUCAAGAAGAAAGACAAGUCCUUGGUCCUUAAUUCCUACCUCGAUUACAUUAUGGAGAAAGCCAGCGAUAUCAGAAGGAAGAACCAGGAUCGUCUUUUGUACACCAAUUCCAGAGGUGGUUCCUUGGAUUCCCGGGGUCACCCUUGGGAAUCCGUGCCCUUCAAGCACCCCAGCACCUUUGACACAUUGGCCAUGGACCCUCAGAAGAAGAAAGAGAUCAUGGAGGAUCUUCAGGACUUCGCCAAUGGACAAUCUUUCUACCAUAAGACUGGAAGGGCAUGGAAGAGGGGUUACCUUCUCUAUGGCCCGCCAGGGACUGGUAAAUCUAGCAUGAUUGCGGCUAUGGCCAAUUACCUUGGCUAUGAUAUCUAUGAUUUGGAGUUGACAGAGGUGCAUAACAACUCUGAACUCCGGAAGCUUCUCAUGAAAACCAGCUCCAAGUCUAUCAUAGUGAUCGAGGACAUUGAUUGCUCUAUCAACCUCACAAACAGAAACAACAACGGUAACACUUCGGUUUCGGCUUCGAGGAGUUACUACGAUUCGGAGUUACGAGGUGGCGGCGGCGGUGGGUGCGGCGAGGAAGGUGGGAACACAAUUACUCUGUCUGGGUUGUUGAAUUUCACUGAUGGGUUGUGGUCUUGUUGCGGGAGUGAGAGGAUUUUCGUGUUUACCACCAACCACAUUGAGAAGCUGGACCCUGCUCUGUUACGGAGUGGGAGAAUGGAUAUGCAUAUUUUCAUGAGUUACUGUUCGUUCCCGGCGCUGAAGAUUCUGCUGAAAAACUACCUGGGUUGUGAAGAGUGCGAGAUAGAGGAGACAAUUUUGAAACAGUUGGAGGAGGUUGUGGACGUGGCUCGUAUGACUCCAGCGGAUAUCAGCGAGUUAUUGAUCAAGAACAGGCGCAAGAAGGAGAAGGCGGUGGAGGAACUGUUGGAAACGCUGAAGGUGAGGGUGGAGAUGAACGAGAAAAAUGGGUUUCUGAUGAGAGGGGAAAACGGGGUUGAAGAGGAAGAGCAAGAAAAAAGAGCUUUGGACAGUGAGAGCCCUAAGGAGGAGUCAGAAACCGAAGAGAACUGCAAGGAAGAAGAUGAAGAAGAGAAGGUGAAGUGAUAUAUAAUGGUGAUAAUUAUAAUAAUAAUGUUGUUCAAGACUUGUUUGGAUGUUUCCCAAAGAAGGAGAAUAGAAUGGAAUGAAUACAUACAGUGUAAUGUCCAAUAGCCAAGUGUAGUAGUAGUAGUAGUGGGUGGUGGUGGUACAUGGUGAAGGAAAUUUUUGAAGGGUGGAGAAGCUUAGCUAGGGCCUCUAAUUUGAAAGAUGUCACAGAUUGGUGUGUGGUUUAGAUUUGAAUAAUGGAGUGGUUUUACUAUUUAGAUAUGUAGGGAAAGUCGAUCUGCAUCGUGAUACAGUUUAAGAUGUGUUUCAUUGUUAGAUUUGUUUGGGGUGUGGGUGGGACUUUACACCCUGACAUGGCUGGGGAGCCAGCUGGGAUGUUGGUGAACACCUGGGUGCACAUGGCAUGGGAAAGGUUGGUAACCUGAUGGGACUUGUAGGGAAUAAUGGUAAUAAGUAGGGUAGGACUAUUGCUUAAUGACAAAUUUUAAUCAUGCAAUCCAAAACUCUCUUUAUUC